GGAGUGGAGGAGGUUACACAGAGGGGGGGUGAUCCAGCUGGCUCAUCUGAUCCCUGCAGUUCACAAGGAGAGAGCAGUGUGUGUCAUGUUACACAGGAGAGAGGAUCAGUCGCAGCACAGCUCCCAGCAAGUUGAGAAUUACACCUUUCUAAUGGGGACUUUUAUGUGUGACUUCUUUACAACUCUCACAACUCAGUGAAGUUCACAAAGACAAGGAAGGAAAUUACAAAGAACAGCAACGAGACAGAACUUUCCAAAAACUUUUUUUCCUCUUUUUUUUUUCUUAUAGUUUAUUCCUUGGAAAUAUAAAAGCGGAAGACAUCUAUUUAUUUGCAUCCUCCAGCCUCAUUCCUGUAACCUACUUGGCAUCUACUGACCAGCUGCUAUUGAUCCACUUGGGUAGAUUGACCGCCAGCCAUAAAUUCUGGAUUCUGCUCCUUGGAUUAAGAUUGUGGAUUAUUUAUUCUAUUUAUUUAUUUAUUGUUCCUCUGUGAAGCAUGGAGGGGAAGGAAGUGUGGAAAGGUGCUGUCAGCCACAGUAGUGCCUUCGCUAGGAGUUGUAAGAACAUCCCCUGUAGGACAGAGGACUAUGGGAAGUGCAGCAGGUUCCCUGCACUCUUGGGAUGCGGGUUUGCCCUUGUAUCAAUAUUUUCCCUGUUCCUUAGUCUCAUGGUUUUGUGUAGAACUUCUGACCUACAGUCCAGGGUUUCUGAUUUAGAGAAGCUGCGAUACACUCAGCUAUCUGCCUUAGUCUCCGCAGACCAAAUGGAGACAGCUAUUUUGGGAAGAGUUGACCAACUGCUGGAAGAGAAACUGAAAUCUCAUCUACCAAGACUUCGAGAGACAAGAGAUACGAGUGUAAAGUGUAUAUGUCCACCUGGGCCUCCUGGAACAAGGGGCAAGAGAGGACAAAAUGGGGAGCCAGGACCACCUGGAGCUAGUGGACGACCUGGUAUUCCGGGCGCUCCAGGAGAACCGGGCAUGUCUGUCAUAGGACCCCGUGGCCCUCCUGGUCAGCCUGGAACACGAGGUUUCCCUGGAUUUCCCGGCCCAAUAGGAUUAGACGGCAAGUCAGGCCAUCCAGGGCAAAAAGGUGAAAAAGGAGAUUUGGGUUCUCCUGGUCCAAAGGGAAAUCCAGGAACAGCAGGUGCCAAAGGAGAAAAGGGUCAUUGUGCGGAUUACUCCCACAGGGAAUAUUUAAGUACAACUUUUGCAGCUCUGCGCUCCAAUCAGAUUCUUACUUUGAAGGGGGAACAGGGUCAGGCAGGAAUUCAAGGUCUACCAGGGCUACCGGGCCCACCUGGGCCACCUGGACCAGUAGGACCUCCAGGAGAUACAGGAUUGUCAGGGGUUACUGGCCCACCUGGAAAAGCAGGUGAGCCUGGCAAGCCAGGAAAAGAUGGAAAAGGCAUGCCUGGACCUCAGGGACCCAAGGGAGAGUCAGGGACUGCAGGAAUCCCGGGAAGGAAGGGGGAAGUGGGUGAAGCUGGCUUGCCAGGGGCACUUGGGCUUCCUGGAACGGCAGGUGUAAAGGGCGAUCAGGGCGAGGUGGGACAGAAGGGAGAGAGAGGCAUGCCCGGGAUGCCAGGGAAACAUGGAACAAAGGGUGAACUAGGAGUCUCAGGAGCAAAGGGUGAAAAGGGUGACACUGGCAAUGCACUUGGUGGAGUUAAAGGAGAACCUGGUACUCCGGGCCUACCAGGACCUCCAGGACCAAAGGGAGACACCGGUGCUGUUGGCCAACCUGGAAUUCCAGGUCAAGAGGGUGAUAAGGGUGCUGCAGGAGCAAAGGGAGAUCAAGGCCAUUCUGGACCAAGAGGUCCUAAAGGGGAUCCAGGAAAAUUCAACAUUGUGGAAUAUAAUAGCAACCUAAGCGAGGCAUUACAGGGUCCUCCUGGGCCACCAGGUGUUCCAGGUGUACCAGGACAGAAGGGUGAAAUCGGAUUGCCUGGCACUCCUGGCCAUGACGGGGACAAGGGCCCUCGAGGGAAACCUGGUGAGGUUGGACCUUCAGGUCCAGUAGGACCUCCAGGACAGGAUGGACUUCAAGGACCAAAGGGAGAUACAGGCCCUAGGGGAAUGCAUGGGCCAAAAGGAGAUAAGGGAGAUGUAGGACAAUCAGGAUCACCUGGUCUUGAUGGCCCCACUGGAGAAAAGGGAGACGAUGGCGACCAAGGAGUUCCAGGAUCUCCAGGUCUUCCUGGCCCAAUUGGACUUCCAGGGCUUACAGGAGAGAAGGGUGAUUCUGGAGACAAAGGAGAAUCUGGAAACUCCGUCUCUGGGCCACCAGGACCUCCAGGUGUUCCUGGACCUGUGGGCCCACCUGGGCUUUCUGGCCAAAAGGGUGAAGUAGGAGAGACUGGUGCAAAUGGGGAAAAGGGAAGUCAGGGAGAAAAAGGAGAUAAAGGUCCUUUGGGCUUACCAGGUGCUUCAGGUUUAGACGGCAGAAUUGGUCCACCGGGGAUACCUGGGCCAAUUGGAGUUCCAGGACCAGCAGGACCAAAAGGGGAAAGAGGCAAUAAAGGAGAUCCUGGUGUACCGGGACCAACGGGACCAGCAGGGCCACCUGGUCCUACUGGUGAGAAGGGAAGCCGGGGGGAAAGGGGGAAGAAAGGCUCUAGGGGGCCUAAAGGGGAUAAGGGAGACCAAGGAGCGCCUGGAUUAGAUGCACCCUGCCCGUUGGGAGAAGAUGGUUUACCUGUACAAGGCUGCUGGAAUAAGUGAUCGUUCUAACCUGGGAAUUGUCCUUUGUGUCUGUACAUAGAAUAUUUAUUUUUAUACAGUGUUCUGUAGAAACAAAAAGAAAGACAUACCAAACUUUAUUCAUUUUUGUACAUAAAUACUAAAAAGUUUUUGUUUUCUUUUUGAACAAUAUCUGUAUAUUUUUUGUUUUUGCUUUUCUAAUAUUUGUGAAAAAUGCUGCUGUAUUUGCAUGAUAUUUGUGCACAGUUAUUAAAUAAUGCUCUUUAAGUUAUUAUACUUUGGUGCCAAAAGUACAUCAGAGAAGUGAUGGCCGUUUACCUGAGUAUGAUGGUUAAUAAAAUUAUGAUGUUCCACA